CGGAGGCUGCGGUUAGAAAGCGUUCUUCGUACCGAGGUCGCGGCAGCGUCUCGCCCGCGUGCCAUCAUCUCCGUCGUUAGUAGUCCAGAAUACGCGCUCCGCGUCCGGCUCGUGAGUGCCGCGAGUCUGACCGACCGGUUGACUUGACGUGGUACCAGUUGCCGCGCGCGCUCGCAACCGCAGCCGCAGUGCUGUGCGCUUCUACGCUCCGUCACCAUUAACCUCGCGGCUCUCGCGAGUGUGUUCGCGCAGAUUCGCAGGUGAUCCCGUCGCACCCGUCGACGGCAGUCGAGAUUGGUUCCCCGGAGAGACGUGCGCUUGAACCGAACCACGGCGGAGUAACGCGCUUCUUCCCCGCAAGAAGAGUUAGACCAGCAAGAGGAGGUCACGCGUAUCACGUCGGGUGGACGACGCACGGAUCUCAGCGCCUUCUUUUCAUUUCCCUCGAGGGGCCACGCCGACCUCUCUUUUACGUCCAAGGAGACGACGAGAUUCAAUCGUACGCAGGUCGAACGCAGGAAACACCGGUUGCGGCAGUGUUUGCGAAGAACGGGUCCGAAGAUGGCCUACAUUAUCUGGUCUUAUCGAUGAGAAGAGCUUCUUCGGCUCCGCCUAAGAGCGAUAGUUGAUUGGAAAAGAAGAGAUCCAGGAAAAACACCGUAGAAAAAAAAUGGGUCAGGCGUGGUGCAAGGAAAAAACCUCCAAGGCCCAGGACUCCAAGUCUCCGCUGGAUCGGGUCUUCGUACGGUGCGCGCAUCGGAUUUAUCCAGGUUUAAAGGAGGAAGGCUCGGUUUUAGGAGGCGCCACGCAGAGAGUUACGAGCUCCGAAAUAGGAUACGCCGGCUCACCGCCGAGGGAGGUGCUCACGAGGGGACGGAGCAUAGACUCCGUGGACAGACCCUUUCAUCCUAGCGACUGGGUGGACGUCAAUCUCGAAGUGCCCAGUCCGCCUAGAGCGAGCUCGACUCUCCCGAGCUCGAUUGUCGACGCUAGUCUGCGUCCCGCUGCCGCACCUACGUUCAGCUGUAAGCUUCACGAUUUAUCGUCGUACAGAUUGUACAGCUAUACGUGUUCCAAUCUAAAGGACAUCACGCCUGUGCCACCUCCGAGACGAAAAAAGAGGAACAGAAGCAGACCCUUGCCGCCGAAACCGGACGAGAUUCCUGAGAACGUGACCAAUAAUUUGAGACGCGGCGAAACGAGCGAGGAACCGUUAUAUUUGUCGGUCAGAUCGGCAAAGACGAGUAGCAUCGACCAGAACGGCGAUGUCGAGACGCGGGGAACGGGAAAGACUUGUACGAAAGAUUCGAGGCAUGACGGUCGAAGGACGAAAGAGAUUUACGAACAUAAGGUUAACGGUACCGGAAGGAUAAUAUCUAGCGAGAUGGUUUCUGGCAAAAGGAUGCCCGCCGACAAGAAAACUUCGAGGAGUUCGGAGCCGGGGCACCAUCACCGGAAAGUUUUCGACAACGAAGAAUACGAGAGAUUCGCCUGGAAUCAGUCGAUUAAGGACUCUUCGACUCCUAAUCGCCAGGACAGACGGAAGUCAAAGGAGCUCGAGAGGCGGAUCAGGGAUUCCCCAAGGGAUGACGGCAGACCGGAAGCAAAUACAAGGACGAAGAACUACAGCACCGUUAGCCUGCCGAAUUACGAUGAGCUGGACGUGUCUAGGCAUCCUACGAAAAGGACGACGAACGACGAGGAAAAUGCAGGGGAGAAAAUGAAGUUUAAGAGACCCGUCAGAAGCAGCACUGUCUCGCUUCCGGCUGAAUCUUUCCUAUCGCCUUUUUCUGAGAAAACUAGUGUAUGUCUGGAGGACUACAUCCCACGACGUGGCAGCAUCGAGCACCUAUCGGUGUAUCAAGUGCUGGGGAGGUUAGGCUCCAGCGAGAACGAGGUCACCGACGGCGAAUUCAUAAAAUACGAUCCGAGUAAAUUGGAGGAUUGGGACCUCAGUGACAUCAGUAAUUGCGAGUCGAAUCAACGUUUCUCUAGUGAGAAUACGCCACGGAUUGAAAUCUACAACGAUGAGUCCGCGGAAAGUGAACUUCCCGAGGGUGUGGAUGUUGUUGAUCAUUCGCAAAAUAUCGAGGCCGGAGAAGUUGAAUCGACUGAGAUGAAAAUCUCGUGCGUUGAAGAUACGACUUUGUCGUUACAAAAACCAGAAUCUUUCGGUAAAGUGGCAUCGCCGAUAAUCGAUUCUGGUAGAGAAUCAAAGUAUACUAACGACUGGUUAACAGAUCAAACUAGUUCAUUAAGGUAUUUCGAUCCUCCCAAGAUGUCGGAAAUCUGUCAGGUGUCACCGAUUUGCGAGUUAGCGAUCUCGCCAGAUCGUAGAGAGCCAUUUUUUCUGAACGAGGAAUUUCGUCGCUCGGCACUUGAUACGAUCGAAGGGUCCUGCAGGAACGGCACCGUCGCCCGGGAAUCCGAUCGAUCCGACCAAUCGAGGCUGAUCUUUGGCCGUAGCCUGUCGAACGAGAGCGAGCCGUACGACGAUCCGUACGAAUCGAAGGAGUUGCGUGCACAUUCCGACGUAACGAACAAGUUAAUCAGAACGAUAUCGGAGGAGUCGUUGCCGCAGGAAAUGCUGGAGGGAGUCGACGAGGAGAUUGUCGACUUUUUCGAUGAGAAGCUGGCCAAGGACGCAACGAACAAAUUGAAGAAGGAUUGCCAGGAUCAGCUGGUAAAGACGCCACCGCCGAGUCCGGAGCCAAAGAUCAAAGCCCAGAUCCUGGACAACGAUCAUUCGACUUUGCUGAAGGUUCUGAAUGAUGAGGCGGCUGACGGAAGUAAUCUCAGCUCGAUGACGCCGAGUCUCACCGAGUUGGAGGCAGCGCUUUCGGAUAUGUUGGAGAAGGAGGAUCAGCCCGACGAAAUUAUGAAGCGAGAGCACACGAGCGAGGAAUGCAAACAGACUUCUGUGGAGAAGCUCCUCGAGCCGGAAAUCGUACCCGUGGAAAAGCCCAACGUGAUCGACAGAAGUGUGCCGGAUCAAUGUCGUUCAAUUAACGAUGACAUUCUAGUCGAUAGUACGCCCGAGAAUAAGACAGAUCGGUCGUCCGUAUCUUUAGAACAGCUCCUCGGAGACUCGACAUCGAAGAAAAGAAAAGUGUCUUUUUGUACCUGGGAAGAGAAGAUCAUGAUGGACGUAGAUUUGCAAAAUGACGGGGAAUCGCCACACAGUGAAAAACCACAAAAUUUAAAUGAGGCGAUAAAUCCUGAUUUCAAGGAUUCUAUCCCUAAGUCAGAAUUAAAAUCCAGCCCUGACAUUUUUGAUGACGUCACAGUUGAUUUGAAGGACAAGGCAAACUCUGUGGAAGAAACGUCCGAGAAAUCAAAUAUUAUGUUACAAAAUUUAGAAGAUAUAGCGGAAGAUUUGAAGCAAAUUCCUACACCACCACGAAGAAAGAAUAAAAGUUUAGGUGCUACAAAGGAGUCAGUCAGGACUAUAGACGAUUAUCACAAAGAUCUUGAUCCUGGUCCCGAUGACAGACUCAUUUAAUAAUUUCAGAUUACGUGAUCUUGUAAUCUUUCUAUUGUUAUGUGAUCAUGCGCGAUAAAAUGAUCCUACAAUUGUUUGUGCCACAUAAGUUGUUAAUAUGUUUAAUAUAUUAAUUCAUAAUUGCUAUAAAGUAAUAAUCAUGUAAUUAAUAAUAAAAAAAAUAAAGAAAAAAUUGUAACAUGUA